UCCGGGUUGAAAUCUUCAAAUUGGUUUUACUUGUUUAUGAAAAGACUAAUAUCAUCAAACAUGGCGUGUACGAUGAAGGAUACAUUCUAUCUAUCACACGGAUCGCCGACGCUGUCGAUAGACGAGUCGCUUCCCGCAAGGCAUUUCUUGCGGUCAUGGAAGGACAAAGUGUUUGGCCAAACGCCCAAAUCCAUACUCGUCAUUUCUGGUCAUUGGGACACUACCUUUCCUGCCGUUAACAUUGUUCAACGCAAUGAUACUAUUUAUGACUUCUAUGGUUUCCCGGAUCGAAUGUACAAGCUGAAAUAUCCAGCACCAGGCGCUCCGGAGUUAGCACUAAGAGUGAAGGAAUUGCUUAUGGCAUCUGGUUUCAAGCGUGUUGAUGAAGAUAGAGAACGUGGGCUUGACCAUGGUGCUUGGGUUCCGCUCAUGCUAAUGUAUCCAGAGGCAGAUAUUCCAGUCUGCCAACUCUCCGUUCAGUCAAAAAGGGAUGGUACUUACCAUUACAACUUGGGAAAGGCUUUGGCCCCUCUCAAGGAUGAAGGUGUUCUCAUCAUAGGUUCUGGAGCCACCACUCAUAACUUGAGGGCCCUUAGAAACUUGGGUGGUGCUGUUGUUCCAUGGGCUUCAGAGUUUGAUUCUUGGCUUAAGGAUGCCCUGCUUCAAGGAAGAUUUGAAGAUGUGAAUCAUUUUCAAGAGAAAGCACCACAUGCGAAGAUGGCUCACCCUUGGCCAGACCACUUCUAUCCAUUGCAUGUGGCCAUGGGUGCUGCUGCCGAAAAUGCAAAGGCCAAGCUUAUCCAUCAUAGCUGGGAUCUUGGUGCUCUUUCCUAUGCUUCUUACCAGUUCACAACAGACAGCUGAUGUCCAUUGAGGAACUGCCCUGCUAUAUCCCCUCUUUUUAUUCCUUCUAUUUUAUCUCGAAUAAAUUAGACACAAGAAAGAGUAUGUCCUAUGUUAAGUAUGUGCAGUAUGUAUGUAUUUUGACAACUAGACCAUUAUGUUAUAAAUACGUGAAGUUUGUUCCAAUUAAAUUUCAUACAUGAAAGUAUGUUCUAGAACAGCUUUCUUUUUGUCCAGCGGGUUCUAAGUCGUCAUAGGCAAAAACUUAUUUGAAGCAGACAGUUCGGAAGAAUAUUUAGCAUUCUAGCUUAAAAUUUGAACAGAACUUUCUUACUUCGUAUUCGGAAAAUGAACCUGAGAUGGUGUAAAUUUGAUUUGUUAUUAAAACGUAACGUACAGAGUUCAUAAACAAUUUGACAUUAUGCCUUGAUUUAUUUGCAUUAUUAAUGCGUCUUAAAGGGAACAUCUGUUGGAGAGAUCUUAAGCUAAAAUCCUAAUAUAAGCCUUUUCGAUGUUGAGAAAGGGCUAGAAAAUAUGCAGAAACUGUUGGCUGUGCUACAGUAACCGCCGCCGUGAUACAGUACCGUUGAAAAGGGGGAAACUCGGUAGCAGUAAGUUUGAAGAAGAAUUCGGCACCAUAACUUUUGACAUGUGCACCGUGUGCUACGGAAACUUUUGUGUGCUAUAGUUUCGUAUAUUGCUACAGUGACAUACAAAAAAAUUAGCCUAUAAAUAGGUUGUUGGUGGCAGAAACAAGAUGUGCCAAUGAGAGCCUUUUGAGUGCCUAAAGUGGUGCCUAAAAAGGGUACAAGGGGGCGCCAAGUGAGGUUUGUCAUGUGGUGUCUAAGGGUGGUAUCGGGAGGUGCCGAAGGGUGAUGCCAGGAUGUGCAUGUCCAAGGGUGGUGCUGAGGAGAUGCCCAAGGGUGGCGCCGGAAAGUGUCCAAGGGUGGUGCCAUAAGGUGUCAAAUGUUGGCUUAUUCCUGGGGUUUUGGUCGUGUGUCCAUCAUUAGGAAUGUGGAAACACUUGUAAAAUCCUGGGAAAGAUCUUCUUGUAGUAAGGCAUGUGUGGGGUGAGUGUAGCUAUUUAAAUAUCGUUUUUUAUAGUGAAUUUCUUUUUUGUGGUGCCGUUGUAUAUAUUGUUGGUGUUCUCUCAUUUUACCGUAUCUUUUCGUGUUUCAAGUUUUUGAUUAGCUGGUUCAAUCUAAUUUCUAAAGGGUUAGCUUCAAUCAUUUUUAUGUUGUGCAUGUGGUUUGGAUUU